CAAAUAAUCCGAUAUGCCGACAGCAUCUAACGUUUGUGUCGUUUGCUUAAAAUGAAUGUUGGUGUCAUGCAUGAAUAAAUGGUAUCCGGUGUUUUCGUUACUGCAAUGAAUUGUCAGUGGCUGAUCAUACUGUUGUCUUUGUCUUAGGGGGACCAGAAUCGGCAUCAGUCAGUGAAAGGACGAUACCUGAUCUGAUUGUGGACGUAUGGUGUUGCCUUUGUUUCAGGGAGAUCAGAAUCUGCAACAGUUAGUGAAAGGACGAUACCUGAUUGUGGAUGUAUGGUGUUGCCUUUGUAUUAGGGAGAUCAGAAUCUGCAGCAGUUAGUGAAAGGACGAUACCUGAUAGUGGGCGUAUGGUGUUGCCUUUGUUUUAGGGAGAUCAGAAGCUACACUAGUUAGUGAAAGGACGAUACCUGAUUGUGGACGUAUGGUGUUGCCUUUGUUUUAGUGAGAUCAGAAUCUACACUAGUUAGUGAAAGGACGAUACCUGAUUGUGGACGUAUGGUGUUGCCUUUGUUUUAGGGAGAUCAGAAUCUGAUGCAGUUAGUGAAAGGACGAUACCUGAUUGUGGACGUAUGGUGUUGCCUUUGUUUUAGGGAGAUCAGAAUCUGAUGCAGUUAGUGAAAGGACGAUACCUGAUAGUGGACGUAUGGUGUUGCCUUUGUUUUAGGGAGAUCAGAAUCUGCAGCAGUUAGUGAAAGGACGAUAACUGAUUGUGGACGUAUGGUGUUGCCUUUGUUUUAGGGAGAUCAGAAUCUGAUGCAGUUAGUGAAAGGACGAUACCUGAUUGUGGACGUAUGGUGUUGCCUUUGUUUUAGGGAGAUCAGAAUCUGCAGCGGUUAGUGAAAUGAUGAAUUGUCGUUAUUGGGAGAUGACCGGUCAUGCAUCGAUUUGUGUCGAUAUCACAGCAUAAUUUCAUCUGAAUACUAGUGCGGGAUGAGAAAAACUUGGUCGUGGCGUUAAGUUUGACGUGAUGUCUCAAUGGUUUUGGUCUCACGGAUUAUAUCUCCAUUUGGCGGUGCUGCUGGUUCGUGUGGUUGUGUCUUUCCCCGGAUGGGGUCAACCGCAGGAAGGAUGUGGCAGGUGUUUGAUUGAGUCUCAUCCAGAGGAACAAUGCGACAUUACUGGCUUUACGGACAUAGCUUCUCCACUUCCACGAUCUCACUGCUACAUCACAGCGCCAAAACUCAAGGUGAAAGUAGUUCCCGUAAAAGGCUGUCGUAGACUUACAUUUAACGUUACUAUUAGGCUUCCAGCCGAAGGUACAGACUGUUUGACAGGUUACCGAUUGUCAAUAGCCCAUCAUGAAAGUCAGGACUUCCUGUUCGCUUACGAUAUCAAACUUAGCAAUGGGAAUUGGUCACGUUUUGGCAAGCAGAUGGUACUCGAAUUCCAGAUUCCUGACCGCAGAAAGACCACAUGUGCCCCAACCGUUGUGGAAGGUAACGAAUAUUUUUUCAAGCUCCAGCCAGUACCGGGAAAGAGUCCCAUGAUGAGGUCGUUCACUGAGGAUGUAUUCGACUAUGUUACUGUUGAUUAUCCUGAAUGGGAACCUGGGAAAUGGGCAUCAGCAGUGAAUCACGAGGUGCUCGCAGAUGGUGUCCGCGCUUGGUUUAAAAUCCCGCCUGAGCCCCAGUGUUUCUGUCUUCGGAGGUUCAAGUUAAUGCUUGUCUUUAGGGAAACCGAGUUAGAGGUUGGUGCCGUCAUUGUGAUUUAUCCGCACAACGAAGGAUUCUUUCCCAAAAUAGAAGAGGGGACAUAUCAAAUUUGCGUCCGUGCGUUGGAAAAGAACGACGAAUGCCAGGGGCCAUGUGGACGCAGCUGCACCGACUGGUUCACUUUCCCGAAAGCUCCCACCACGCCACUCAUCACGACCACCAGCAAUGGUUCCCGGGUCGUGAUAAGGACCAUCCCCAAUAAAACCGGGGCUUUUCCAUCUUGGUUCGGCCCUACUGUUGGCGUUACUGCUAUUGUUGCUUUUUUACUUCUGUUCGGUGGAGUCGCAGCUUACCAGCGGGUAAAGAAGAGUCCUCCAGCGCCAGACACGGAUAGCAAGCCAGACGUGGCAGUAUUGUACCACGGAUCAAGUAACAGAAACGCAUUGCAAUGUCUCAAAAGUCUUCUAGAGAGGGACAAUAGAUUUGUAUCCAGACUAAUCAACCUUUCUGAUCUCCGAAAUAAAUUUCGGACUACAUGUUUUCGAAAAUGUCCCGAUGAUGUGAUAAACAUGAGUGCUAUUAUUCUGAUUGUCUGCUCAAAGCACACAGCAGACGACUUUUUAGAGACGCAAUCUUGGCCAAGGGAUGCCGUCCACCAGGGAUUGCUCUCUUUGAUACGUGUUAGAAGUAACCAAAGGAAACGGGUAUUAGUCAAAUUGAACCCAGAGUGGCCCAGCGCAUCUAAUCUGCUGGACUGGAUGAAGUUCACUGGUGGGACAAAGGCCCUGACUUGUGAUACAGUUGGGAGGGAGUUCUUGAACGCAAUCAUCGAUGUAGCAGCAGAGAGUAACUAUGAAUGGCCUUCGAUGAGCACACUCCCGCCAGAAAUAGAGGAGGGUUUUCCGCCAUCAGGUAGCGAACUUCAUCAGCUGGACCCAAACGUCGAAAUGAUGCGAGGGAUGUCAGCCCAGGCGGACCCACUCCUUCCAGCGCUGAACAUGGAGAUGCAAGCCUAGAGUUAGGAGAUGCGGUGUUGCAAUUUAUUUCAGUGACAUCAACAACAUUACACAUUACACCAAGGUUUUUUAACAUCGGAAGUCAGAAUGUUAUCUGAGAUGAUCAUUUACCGUGGUGAAAAAAUUAUUGGUGCUAUUGUUUUUCGGAAUACGGGUUAUUUCAGUGGGCUGUAAGUUAUUACCUCCUGGUAAUUUAUGAUAAAGGGGUUGAUGUAUAUAUUGUUGCUGAAAGAUAUCAGUAAGGCAUAGCAGAAAGAACGCAAUAGUAAUACAGUAGGACAUAUCUAUCAAUAUUUUAUAUACAUGUAGUUAAUCUGACUGAGACAAAAGUUCUCUGAACCAAUUCAGACUCUUUUUAUAUACAAAAAUGUAUAUGCGUAUAUAUAUAAGUACAUUCCAGCUAAAAAGUUGAAUUUGCUUGUACUAUUAAUUAGGGAGCAACUUUAAUGACUUCAACAGCAGUUACCUCAGAUAAAGCCUUUGGCGAUUGAUGAUAUUUUUAUACUCAGGCGACUUCAGGGAGCACAUAUAGGCCCACUUCUGGUAGAAUUUGAGAAUGAUUUAUUUGGCAGCUUUCUCUAUCAUACCAAGUAUCAUGCACCAAGUAUGAUGCGCAUAUCACUUAGAGGCAAUUAUUCCUCUUCAGUCAGAUUACUCAUUCACUGUGUACAUGCACAUCACAAGCAUACCCUGCAGAUUGAUCGACAGACAGGCACAGUCCAAUGCUUCCGUGCUUUGCUAUUUGAAAAUUGGGGUAAACAAGACGGUCCGGUUUUGUCCGAGUGGUACUGAAAUACGUCUUCGUGUUUCUUGGUACCCUCUAGGACUUGGACCCCAGAAGACGCUGAUGGCGUGCUGAAAUCCAGGAGUAUCAUAUAUUGUGGUGACGAAUGAGAGACGUUUAGUUCACAAGCGCAAAUGCUUAUUGAGUGGGUAUGAAGAAAAAUGCAUCCAAAAACAUUAGCCACAAGACACACCUUAUGAUGAUUAUCAAGCUCCUUUAUUUCAUCUGUCAUAAUAUCCUUCUAUGUGAUUGGUAAGAAAUGUUUUCUAUGAUGUCGUUCACAGACUAUACAUUUGUUAUUUUAUAUAUACGAUUUCCCAAUUAGCAUUUUAAAGAUAAUAAGAAAUUGAAUGGAAACUGUGUGCAUAAUGUUUAUUUUGGUUUUAUAAUAAAAAGGUCUGA